AUGGCCAUGAAAAGGAAAAGAAAUAGGAGCGAGGAGGAGGUAAACAAUCGAAAGAUUGAAACGAGGUCUAUGUCUAGGAAAAACAAUCUGGCCAACCAAAAAGUUGGUGACAAAAAAAACUCUGUUUUUCUUCCUCUAGAUUUGAUCAUAGUGAUUUUUGCCAACUUGCCGUUGAAAUCCAUAGCCAAGUUCCUCUGCCUUUCAAAACUCUGGCGUUCUAUAAUCGGCGGGAAGUAUUUCAUCGAUUUGUUCAUGACUCGGUCGUUGACUCGUCCCUCUUUUCUCUUCACACACCCACACCUCACAAUGGACAACAAGUUUUUCCAUUCAUCAUCUCACGAGUCACCGUCCUCUCUUCAUCAUAACGGUGCAUGCACAACUCUGAGUCAUGACUAUGUAAUGCCAACACCAGUCCGGGGUUUGAUCUGCUGUCGCCAUGGUCAAAAGAUGAGGGUUUGCAAUCCUAGCACGGGCCAAGUAGUACGUUUACUCAACUUCAAGACUGGCAGAAUAGGCAUAACAAGCUUCUUGGGAUACGAUCCUGUUGGAGAUGUGUACAAAGUGUUGUGCAUGACGAGGGAUUUCAAAGUCAGGGCACCAGUUGUGUCGAGCCAGCAUCGAGUUGUGUCGUUAGGUCCACCCGGAACCUCAAGAAAACAGAAAUGGAGGGACAUCGAGUGUGAGGAGCUUCCGCAUGUUCCUGCGACGAACGGGCUGUGUGUAGAUGGUGUUGUUUAUUAUGGAGCUUGGACCAACAGUCAUCGCCAAGGAUCUAUGAUUGUGUGUUUCGAUGUGAGACAGGAAGUGUUUCGUCGUUUGAAAUCACCUGAAGAUGUCGAGAUUAAACAUCAUAGAUUUGAAUUGCUGAGAUAUCACGGUAAGUUAGCCUUGGUGGACCAAUCGUAUGGAGGUAGAGUUGACAUGUGGGUCCUUGUGGACGUGGAGAAACAAGAAUGGUCGAAAGACUGUGUGGUGGUUCCUUGUUGGUUAGAAUUAGUGGGACUUAGGUCUUUCCGUUUCUUGGGCACCAUUGGAACAGGAGAAUGUGUGUUUGUGCCACACUCUCUCCCUGACCCUUACCCGUUUUUUGUUGUCAUUUACGAUCGCAAGAAAGGCGAAGGAAGAAGAGUUGUGAUUCCAAGAAUUGGUGUUAAUCUAUCUCGUGAAGCUAUGGAUCCUGACAAGGUUAUGACUGUGUUUUUGGAUCAUGUGGAGAGUCUUAUGCUUCUUUAG